CUCCUCAACAGCUUAAAGACUGUCUUAGCCUCCUCAUCACUUUAAAUACAUCACUUCCAUAUGCAUUUCAAUCAUCAAACACUGCAAUUCAUUCUACCCAAUUUUACAAAUCUUAUUCUCUUCCAUUCAACCUUUCUCUCUAUUUUCUAAGUUAAUAUCAUGAUCAGUUCAAAGAGGCUCAUUAAGCUGGCCAAAAAAUGGCAGAAAUUUGCUGCCAUCCGAAGAAAGAGGAUUUCAUUUCCAAGUCUAUAUGAUGAUGCAGAUAGCUGCAGUACUUCUUCUGCAGUUCACAAGGGUCAUUUCACGCUCUACACUGCUGAUCAGAAGCGGUUUGUUGUCCCUCUAUCAUAUCUUGAGAAUGAAAUCAUUAGGCAACUCUUAAGUAUGUCUGAAGAAGAAUUUGGACUUCCAAGCGAUGGGCCUAUUACACUACCAUGUGAUGCAGUCUUCAUGGACUACAUCAUUUCACUUCUUAGCCAAGGUUUAUCCAUAGAACUCGAGAAUGCAUUGCUCGUCUCAGUUACUUCACAUCGGUGUUCAUCAGCUCCGUUACACCGAAAUCAGGAAUUGCUAGUUUGCUGAUAUUAAUCUCAAUAAAUUUUGUAAAUGAGGAUAUUAAUUAGUUGUAGCUCAAUACAUGAUGUGAAAUGUACAUAAAUCCAAUACACCAAUACUUGAUAUCCAAAAUCUUCAGUAUUCCUCUUAGA